AAAAAAAGAGCCCAUUGGCAUUUUUAAGUUGCCUCAAUUCAACUUUGUUUUUUCUUUCAACCGAGCUUCCCAUUUGUCAUUUAUCUCGCUGAUCACCAAAACCUAAAUAAAAAACAAAAAACAAAAAACAACAGCUAUUUUUCUCUCUUUUUAGAACUUUGGCUCUGCUAUACCCUAUCCAUUUUUAUAACACCAACAGUAUUUUUUUUCCGCCGCUGCCCGUUCACCGCCCACCGCCGCUCCACCAAGCAAUGUCGACCCCCGAAGGACCCGCGCACAAUGCGAAAUCUAACAAUUCUCCGGCUAGAGACAGCGAGAACAAUGCCCAGGCUCGAACAAACUCUCCACGUGCCAGACAGUCGGGGCGUGGGCGUAUCAACAAAACCGCGCCGUCGUUCCAUCCGCGCCAAGGCACAGCAAAUGGCCAAAAUGGCGACUCCAACAGGUCCCGCAUCAACAGCACAGGGUCUGAUGCGCGCUUGAAAGCUGAAGCGCCCAGCAAGGCCAACGAGAAGCAAGCUGAGGAUAACAGCGAUGAGGUCGUCUGUUUCAUUUGCGCAGAUAAUGUGAAAUAUUAUGCUGUGGGAGAGUGCGGCCACCGGACCUGCUCCCUAUGCAACCUCCGCCUUCGCGCACUGUUCAAGUCUAAGGCCUGCCCGUACUGCAAAACUGAGCUCGAGUCGGUUGUUUACACGCGGGAAGUCGAGACUCCGUACGAAGAGCUGCUAAAGGCGCCGCUGCCAUACAUUGACAAAAGCUUGGGCAUCAAAUUCGAUUGCAAAGAGGCGUACGAUGAUACUAUGCACACACUGCAGUUCAACUGCCCGCACACCCAGUGCGAGUACGCCGACGCAGAAGGAUGGAGGGGCCUCAAGGACCACACGCGCAAGAAACACGUGAUGCAGUUCUGCGAUUUGUGCCUGAAGAACAAAAUGGCGUUUGCCCACGAGCACAGGCUGUUUACAAAGGCGCAGCUGCGAAUCCACUUUGCCCGUGGCGACGGGAUCGGGUUUACUGGCCAUCCAGAAUGCCAGUUCUGCCACAUCGCCUUUUACGACAACGACCAGCUUUUUGAGCACUGUCGCAAGAAGCACGAGCAGUGUUUUAUUUGCACGCGCAGUGGCGUUGGCAGACAUGUGUACUUUGCCAACUACAACACGCUGGAAGAGCACUUUAACCGCGACCACUUCCCUUGCAAAAAGCCUGAAUGCCUCGAGAAGAAGUUUGUUGUUUUUGAGAACGACAUUGACCUGCAGAGCCAUGAUCUGGAGGAACACAGUAGAUCCAUUGUCGGCCAAAGGGCGCGGCGUGACGCGAAACACAUCAACGUCAACUUCCAGACGUCCACGCAGCAGGGCGGCAGCAGCGGCAGCAACGCAAAUGCCAGCGGCUUUGGGCAAAGUUCUAACUCUGGCGUUGCCUCUGGCAGCGGCAGCAGGAACAAAAACAAGUCGCGGCAGAACACAGAGCAGCGCGGCCCCAGCGCAAUGGCCGUAAACGGGCCUGACGCCACCGGCGUCAGCAUUUCCGGUCGCCAACGGCCCAGUGGAUUUGGCCAUGUUUCCGAGAUCCAGCCCCAGGCGCAGGCGCAGACGCAGACGCGGACACAGUUGCAGCCAGUGUCUAACAGCUAUAGCCGCAUUAUGUCGGCGCCAGUCUCCAGGCCCACGUCACCUGAGCCAGAGCCAGAAGCCAGCACGCUCUGGCCCACUCUGGGAACUGACUCCGGCUCCAUGCGCAAUCGCGCACCGACAGCGUUUGGCCGGUUGUCCGAGUCAGCAGGAGGCAGGGCAAGAGACCCUACCAUCACUGCGAUCAGCGAGGAGACCAUAGCCUCUCACCAAGAGCUGCUGCAGCGUGUCUCCGCAUACCUCAGUCACCGCGAUCAGCCUGUUUCGCGUUUCCGCCAGCUGACGACGCAGUACAAGAACAACCAGGUUUCUGCCGAGGACUAUGUCCAAAACUGCUGGCUUCUGUUCCUGACUGUCCCCGGAAGGAACGCCAAGGAGAUGAUCCAAAAGACAGUAAAGGCUGUGUCCAGCCUUCUUCCAGAAGCAAAUCAGAAGGAAAGGCUGCUGAAGGCCUUAGGCGAGCACCGCAUAAAACAGCAGCAGUUCCCUGCGCUCACUCCGUUGACUGGCUCCGGCACGAAAUCGGGGGGCUUGUCGGCAAAUGGCUCUACUGCGCGCGUUUUGGUCAUUAAACAAGCGGCUGGCAGCAGCGGUGGUGGCGGUGCAAGCCGUGCUGGAUGGACCAAGCCUACACAGGCCUCAACAACAUCACCUACAGCGUCUUCGCCUCGCUCCAGAGCCGAAGUUUCGGUAUAUGAGUCUAAGCGCGCGUCCUCAACUGCGCCGCUAUCGUCUACGACAUUCCCAUCGUUGGGAUCAAGCUCGAGCACGCCGUCCAUCAAUCCAAUGGUAUCCAGAAUGAAUAUCAGCCCUUCGCUGGCUAGCCCCAGCCACAACUCAUACACGGGCAAAUUUAUACAGACUGCAAAUACUUCUGGUGGCAGUGGAUCCCAGAGAGCUGCAAAACCCCCAAGAGCCGAAAGCUCUCUGUUCCCCGACCUCCCACCCCCCUCGGUGGCCAGAGUCAAAAUAGCGCCACUCAAUCCUAACGCCUCCUCUGCCUGGAGUGCAUCGGAUGAGCAAUCGAGUGCCAGCUCGUCGCAGCAGGGCUCUGGAGAUCGCAGGCAGCCACGCAACAAGUCAAAGGGCAAGCAGGUUUUGUUCUAUGUUGGCUAAAGCGACGCCAGCUCCAAGCUUGGCAGGUUUUUAGCACACAAACAACCAUGUUCAGGUCAUGCGUUUGCAUGGCUAUGCCAUUCGAUAAACGCUCUGUGCGUAACAAAUUUUGGUAUCAUUGCAUUUUAUUAUAUUUUCAAUCCAAAUAUACAUAGAC